AUGAUGUUGGUCCGUAAUAUUGCCACACGCCUUCCCAAGAGCUCAAGAAGAGUUGCAUUUGCUGCUUCUCCUACCGCCCGUUCGUUCUCUUCCAAGCCAGAAGAGAAUCCACUGGACAAACCUUUCAUAGACAAUGUUUCCAUGGAUACAGACAUUGUUCACGGUGGAGUCACGCCUUGUAAGAAGACUGGAGCCAUCUUGACUCCUGUCUACCUCAGUACAACCUUCGUCCAAGAAUCUGUCGACAAAUAUUUGGAUAGUGGCUUUUCGUAUAGUCGUACCAACAAUCCUACUGUCAAAAUGUUGGAAGAAAAAGUGGCCAAGAUUGAAAAUGGUUACGACAGUAUCGUUGUGGGAACGGGCAUGUCAGCUACUGCGUCUUGUAUCAAUGCCUUCAUGAAGACUGGUGAUCACUGUGUCAUUACCAACUGUAGUUAUGGUGGAACCAACCGUAUCUGUCGGGAACAGUUUGAACCCUUUGGAAUGGAAUUUUCCUUUGUCGACUUUACGGAUCCCCAAACUGUGGAAGACGCCAUCAAGCCAAACACCAAACUCAUCUUUAGCGAAACUCCAACGAAUCCUACUCUGACCUUGGCUGAUUUGGAUGCCAUUUCGGCCAUUGCCAAGAAGCAUGGAGUCUUGCAUGUGUGUGAUUCCACCUUUGCUACUCCUUAUAUUACCCGUCCUUUGGAUCAUGGUGCUGAUUUGACCAUUCAAUCUCUCACCAAGUAUUAUGAUGGUCUCAACAUUGGUACCGGUGGUGCCUUGAUUGCCAAGACUCCCGAACUCUAUGAGCGCAUCAAGCUUGUUCAAAAUAUGCACGGCAACAUUAUGAGUCCAAUGACUGCGUAUUUGAUCUUGCAAACCAUGAAGACCAUGGGACUCCGCAUUCGUCAACAGUCGGCAUCGGCCAUGAAGAUUGCCACCUUUUUGGAAAAUCACCCCAAGGUCACCAAGUGUGUCUAUCCCGGCUUGGACUCCUUCCCCCAAAAGGAAUUGGCCGACCGCCAACAUCGAAACGGUUUGCACGGCGGCAUGUUGUGGUUUGAUGUCAAGGGAGACCCAAUCAAGUUGAUGGACACUAUCAAGCGUCCAUGGACACUUUGUGAAAACUUGGGUGCCACCGAAUCCAUCAUCACGGCGUGUGCCGUCAUGACGCAUGCCAACAUGCUCAAGGAAGAUCGCCUGAAGGUUGGUAUUGUGGAUGGAUUCAUUCGUAUUUCGGUGGGUAUCGAAGAUCCGGAUGACUUGAUUCGGUCUUUGGAUGAUGCUUUGAAUGGACUGUAA